UGGGGAGCGGAGUGGCUGUCCCGCUCGGGGACACUUGCCGCCGCUCACUGCGCUCCAGUCCUUGGGAGCCAAGGCCACCACGCCAAGAGCACCAUGCCCCAGAACGUGGUUCUUCCGGGCCCUGCGCCCUGGGGCUUCAGACUCUCGGGGGGCAUAGACUUCAACCAGCCUUUGGUCAUCACCAGGAUUACUCCAGGAAGCAAGGCGGCAGCUGCCCACCUGUGUCCUGGAGAUGUCAUCCUGGCUAUUGAUGGCUUUGGUACAGAGUCCAUGACUCACGCUGAUGCACAGGACAGGAUUAAAGCAGCAGGCCACCAGCUGUGCCUCAAAAUUGACAGGGCAGAAACUCGCUUAUGGUCUCCACAGGUAUCUGAAGAUGGGAAAGCUCAUCCUUUCAAAAUCAACUUGGAAUCAGAACCACAGGAUGUGAACUACUUUGAACACAAGCACAAUAUUCGGCCCAAACCUUUCAUAAUCCCAGGCCGAAGCAGUGGAUGCAGUACUCCGUCCGGUAUUGACGGUGGCAGUGGACGUAGCACCCCUUCUUCUGUCAGUACUCUUAGUACUAUUUGCCCAGGUGACUUGAAAGUUGCUGCUAAGAUGGCCCCUAACAUUCCUUUGGAAAUGGAACUUCCUGGUGUGAAGAUUGUACAUGCUCAGUUUAAUACACCUAUGCAGUUGUACUCAGAUGACAAUAUUAUGGAAACACUUCAGGGUCAGGUUUCAACAGCUCUAGGGGAAACACCCUCAAUGAGUGAACCCGUAGCCUCCGUGCCCCCCCAGUCAGAUGUGUACCGGAUGCUCCAUGACAAUCGAAAUGAACCUACCCAGCCCCGCCAGUCGGGCUCCUUCAGAGUGCUCCAGGAAUUAGUGAACGACGGCCCUGAUGACCGUCCUGCUGGCACUCGGAGUGUGAGAGCUCCAGUUACAAAAGUCCACGGUAGCUCUGGCAGCACACAGAAGAUGCCACUCUGUGACAAAUGUGGGAGUGGCAUUGUUGGUGCUGUUGUGAAGGCGCGGGAUAAGUACCGGCAUCCCGAGUGCUUCGUGUGUGCCGACUGUAACCUCAACCUCAAACAGAAGGGCUACUUCUUCGUGGAGGGGGAGCUGUACUGCGAAACCCAUGCAAGAGCUCGCACGCGGCCCCCAGAGGGCUACGACACAGUCACUCUUUAUCCCAAAGCUUAAUUUGAGUCUUAACCCAGACCAGAGCACGCACACCCUCACGCGCACUUAACGCAGGAAGACAUCAAUAGCUUUGCGCAGAAGUAUAGCAAACUGUUGACUCCAAAUCUAAAACCAAGGCUUUUAGACAUUCAUCUUAUUGUUACUGAAGAAAAGGAGUGGGAGACAAAUGCCUGCUAUAAAUAUAUGUGUAAACACACAUUUAGCUAUGUUUUGCAGCUUUUCUCUCUGGGGCUAGCAGUGACUGAAUGACAUUUAAAGCAAUACUUUUUUUCUAUGUCCUACUCCACAACUUACAUUUGUAUUAUGACAUCAAGAUAUUUGGGGAAGCCUAAUUACCUUUCUUUAACAAGCUGUUUUUGCAAUUGUAGUAAAUACCAAAUGGCAGUUGUCUGUUAUUGUUUUAUUAUAGUGCAUGUCAGGAAGAAAUUCCCUAGAUUUUCUCUAGUUUCAUAUUCAAACAAUUAUACCACCAGAUGAAAUAUCCAUAAUAAAUACAUAAAAUAUUUUUAAAAUACCGAAUGAAGUGGCACUCAAUGCAUUCAAAUAAAAGCAACAUUCCAACAAGAGACCCAAUCAUAUCUUGACAUGUACACUAACAACCCAGCUAUUUUAAGAAAAAUAUGGUUUAGUUUUUGUAAGUCCUUCACUCUUUCUUAUAAGCCCACAAUUUCUGCUGAAAGGACGAACACUUAAAUUUGCUAAUUAAAUAUAAUUCACUCCCUUUCCAUUAAAACAGUUGCUUAUGCUCUGAAA